AUGUCUAAAUCUAUUCUUGCGGUUUUUGGAGCCACGGGCAAUCAGGGAAACUCGACUGCUCAUUUUGUGCUCGACGAUCCCGAGCUCUCGCAGCGCUACACCGUUCGGGCUAUUUCACGAGAUCUCAGUAACCCAAAAAUGAAGGAUCUCGAGUUGAAAGGUGCAGAGCUUGUCCAAGCUGAUCUCAACGAGCCUUCUACUCUACAAGCAGCUGUCAAAGGCGUGGACUUCCUCUUUUUCCUUACAGCAACGCAAUUCGGAGGCAAUACACGCGAGAUCGAGAACAAGCAAGCAAAGGCUCUUUGUGAGAAUGCACUCGAAGCGGGUGUAAAGUACAUCGUUUACAGCUCUAUGAGUCAUCCAUACGAGAUAUCUGGUGGGAAACUGAAGAAUGUGGAGCACUUUGACGACAAAGCCGAGAUCGAACAAUACAUUCGCAGUCUGCCAGUGAAAUCUGCAUUCUUCGCCCCAGGUUCCUUUAUGCAGAACUUUCUCUCUCCCUUCAUGGCACCCCGACCCUCUCCAUCCAAUGACGGUUCCUUCAUUCUCGCCAACUGCGCGCGCGGCGAUACCGCAAUUCCAUUCCUCGACAUCACCGAUACCGGAAAAUGGAUUGGUGCCAUCCUCGCCGAUCCAGAAAAGUAUGAAGGCAAGUUUCUCGCUGCCGCCGAAAACCUUUAUACUCUGGAUGAAGCAUGUGCUAUCAUCGAAAAGGUCACCGGAGCAGUCGUGAAGCAGCAACAGCUGCCGGGUGAGCUAUUCAAACAAUUCUUGCCAGAGGGGUUGAGAGAUGCAUUGUAUGAGAUGUGGGUUCUACAGCGCGAUUAUGGAUAUUAUGGCAAAGCAAUGAAAGAGCAAGUGCAAUGGGCAAAGGAACAAGCCAGGGGAAAGCCUGUUGGAUUGGAAGAAUUCCUAAGGAAGAAUAACUUCACAUUGUUGUAG